AUGGUGAAACCUAUCUGCAGCUUAGAAGCUCUCUGGGAAUGGGAACCGGAAAGAGCGGAAGCAGUACAAGUUAGGCGAUUAGCAAAUUUCAGAGAUAAACUUACCGAAGGUCGACCGGAGACACUUAUUUGCCAUGACAUGAAAGGAGGAUACCUUGAAGAAGAAAGUGAUGAAGGAAUCUUUCUCGCACCCGAAUCAAGUAAUCCAUACGUGUUUCUGAACUGGUGGAAUAUCGACAUAUUUUGCUAUUUCUCUCACAAUUUUGUCACUAUUCCCCCCACCAGUUAUACAAAUAUUGCUCAUGAUCAUGGUUGCUUAGUUUUGGGAACUUUCAUCACAGAAUGGGAAGUAGGAGCAGCAUUAUGCAAGCAUUUCCUCGCCUCAGAAGAUAGUGUGAGGAGGACUGUUCAGUUGUUGGUUGCCAUUGCACGCCAUUACAAAUUCGACGGAUGGUUGGUCAACAUAGAAAAUGAAGUACCUGUCAAACAAAUUAAUAAUCUGAAGACAUUUCUUCGCUCACUAACAGACAGUAUGCACGUGUCGUGCAUGUCCUCUCGCGUAAUAUGGUACGACUCCGUCACUGUGACAGGCAAACUUUCUUGGCAGAACAAGCUCAAUGAACUAAACAGAGAGUGGUACGACAGCUGUGAUGGUAUAUAUUUGAACUACAACUGGGACGACGAAAUGUUGUUAAAUAGUGCUGAUUUUGGGGCUAUUAACAGGAUUUUUGUCGGAGUUGAUGUUUUUGCGAGAGGUUGCGUCGGAGGAUGGGAUUGCCACAAAUCGUUUGCAAAGGUGAAAUUAUUGCGUAUGUCUAUAGGAUUAUUUGCUCCAGGAUGGAUCUCUGAAAAAUUUCCCAACGCAGAUCCCAUAGAGAACGGAUUGAGGUUCUGGAAAAAGCUUGCGCCUUACACGCCAGCCCGACCAAUUCUGGAACUACCAGUUACCUCAGAUUUUCGUGCUGGAUUCACCAAAGUUAUCGGAGGAUAUAGAUUCCGACUAAACUCUGUUUCUCUUCAACCUCACUAUGCUCAAUCACUCACACAGCCAGUCCCGACUAAGAAUGGAGGAGUUCUCCUAAGUAAAGGCAGUUGUACUAGAUUGUUUUAUUUCGAUGUCUCCUGCUCAGGAUGUCGAAUAACUGUUCAUGCAGAAAGAGAUAUUAAGCUCAUCAUAAAUGAAACUUUAACGGACGCAAUGAGAAACGGAAAUGAGUUCAUUGUAACCAUCAGAGAUGCUGUCCACCUUCGUUCUCUGCACAUCUGUAUUGAUGACUCAGACGACUGUCUAUUAUUUGACAUAACAGUUGAAGAAAUAUUUAUAUAA